UCACCAGAUAAAGACGGACCGACGUUUCGCUAUUCCAUCUUCUAUGUCUCGUUCGUCGUACCUUAUCAUUUCACAGCAGAAGGCACGGCAAAAAACAACAUUCAGUACGGAAAAAAACUAAUAAGAAGGCCCGCUUUUGAAUUUAAAUUGUUUUACUUCUCCGCAAAACACUUCAGUCGUACUGGAGUCGUUGCUCUGAGCAGUCGGGGUUUUUUUUUCGUAGAGUUCUAACUGUUAUCGCUCUCUUUCUGUCGUUUUGCCCGAAGUUCAAAAGUAAUCAAUCAGUUAAUAGAACAAAACUAGGGAAGUUACACGUGUCAAUUGUGAAGUGAAAAUGUCCACCGAACAUCGCACCUGUCCGAUGAAUGGUCACCACAAUGGGAUAGUCAAUGGUGAAGGAAAUUCGCGCGAAGAGUUCCUGGCCAGUUUCAAGCGACCGGAUCUUCCGUCCCGGUGCACUUGGGCCGUCGGUACCGAACAAUCGAGUCCUCACUACCAUCAAGCGCUAACCGCCCCAGCAAAAGUCCUUGGUACAAUUUUGGAAGCCGUCGGAAACACUCCUCUGGUGAAGUUGAAUAAAAUCCCGCAAGCGGCAGGUCUGAAAUGCAAUUUGUAUGCAAAAUGCGAAUUUCUCAGCCCAGGAGGAUCAGUCAAAGAUCGCAUCGGAUUGCGUAUGAUCGAGGAAGCAGAGCGUAAAGGUUUACUGAAACCAGGCUGCACCAUUAUCGAGCCAACGUCCGGCAACACCGGAAUUGGUCUCGCCAUGGGAGCAGCCGUCAAGGGUUACAAAUGUUUGAUCGUCAUGCCGGAGAAGAUGUCCAAUGAAAAGGUGGACACAUUGAAGGCACUCGGUGCUACCGUUAUCCGCACUCCAACGGAGGCGGCAUUUGACUCUCCGGAAGGACUGAUUGCUGUAGCCCAGCGGUUGGAGAAGGAAAUUCCCAACUCGAUCGUGUUGAAUCAGUACACGAAUGCUGGGAAUCCGCUGGCUCACUACGACGGCACGGGUUCGGAAAUAUUGGACCAGUUGGACAAUAAGGUCGAUAUGGUGGUUGUGGGAGCUGGAACGGGUGGUACCGUAGCCGGUAUCGGUCGAAAAAUCAAGGAAGUCAACCCGAACUGCGAGAUCGUGGGAGCAGAUCCCGAGGGAUCGAUUCUAGCGGAACCGGAGGUACUCAACAAAACGGAUGUCUCCUUCUACGAAGUGGAAGGCGUAGGUUAUGACUUUAUCCCGACCGUGUUGGACCGCAGUGUGGUGGAUCGUUGGAUCAAGUUCAACGAUCAGGUUGCUUUACCGAUGGCUCGCCGGUUGAUCGCCGAAGAGGGAUUCCUCUGUGGUGGCAGUAGUGGAGGAAACGUUGCCGUCGCCUUGGAAGCGGCAAAAAACUUGAAGGAAGGUCAGAACUGUGUCGUCAUCCUUCCGGACAAUAUUCGCAACUACUUGACCAAGUUCGUGUCGGACAACUGGAUGGAGGCUCGUCAGUUCAAAAGCUCGACGAACGUACACGAUCAUAAAUGGUGGAACACCAGUGUCGCUUCUCUGAAUCUCACCACCCCACUAACGGUGACGUCCGAUCUGUGCAUCCGGGAGGUGAUUGGCAUUAUGAAACGUGACAACGUCAACCAGUUUCCUGUUAUCGAUCAAGAGGGCGCCAUCAAGGGUAUGGUUUACCUGCCCAAUCUCAUGAGUAAACUGCUAAACCGAUUGGCCAGUCCAAGCGAUCCGACAUCCAAGGCUAUCUUCAAGCAGUUUGUCAAAAUCGAUCGAUCUGACAAUCUUGGACAUGUUUCACGAAUUCUCGAAAAGGAUCCUUUCGUGCUGGUGGUGCAGAAGGAGAAACGAUAUACGGACACAGAUAACUUUCAGCUUAACGAGACUGUCGUAGGAAUCGUCACUCAGCGAGACAUGCUGGAUUAUAUUUCAACAGUGGAGGAUCUUACAAACGGAGCUUAACCGUUCCGACGUUAUCUCAAAACAUUUUGAUAUGACGACUCAACUCAUAGACGACCCAGCAGCACAUGGGACGAUUUAUAUAAGUUUUUAAUUCUUACAUUCCAUCAUGUCCAAAUUGAUUGUGAAGUAAAUACAUGCAUGAUGUAUUAUAUGAAA